CCCAAUUUUCCCUCCCAAAACUUCUCCAACCAUGCGACGAGAGGCUCCACCACCGCCGGAAAACUGACGCAACUUGGCUGCCGCUCGUUCUGCUCCUCCGUGCGACGAGGCUCCAUCCCAACCAUUGGCUAAGCGAUGCCGCCUCAUUGCAUUAAGAAUUGUCUCAAAACCUAAUUUUUUUACUUGGUCUAUAAGGUUAAGACUUGAAGCAUUGAUGGAACCCGAUUCAAGGUUGGUGAUAGAGUGCUAGAAAACGACGGCGAGCAUGGCUAGUCUUUUCGGUGGCUGGGUCCUCUCCACCGGCAAUGGACUCCAAGGUUGGUUCUUUUCGCCGUAGCUUCCCCUAUCACCUUGACCAGAUUUGUUCUCUCCCCCGAAUGACGACAGUGGGAUUCUCCCAGUAGUUGCACUUUCGAGUGGGGACACCAGCUCAUCUAUGAGGAGUGGAAGUAUACCUUUGCAAGGAUCCACAUGGCUUUGAGUAUGGGUCUAGUAGGGAUGAGCUCUGUUUUCUUUUCCCACUGUCACUGAUAUUCGUUUUGGAUUUGAGUUUAGGCUUGAAGGCGCAUGACGACGAGGACCAUGGUCCUGACUGUAUAACUUAGAAAACGAAAUUCAAGAAAAAUCAGAAAGUCCUUAAUUACGUGUAGUGUUCCAAGUCUAACAAACAUUGCUUUUGCAAGUUUCUGAAUUUUUUUCAACUACUUAUGAGGAUCAGAUUGAUAGGUGAGCAAGUAAGUCAUGUGUUUAACCAGAAUCUGAAGAUUACCCGAUUGGGGAAAUCGGGGCGGAUUGAAGAAGCCAUUCACGUUUUUUCACAGUUGACACAGAAGAAUGUUGUAAGCUACAACUCCAUGAUAUCUGCUUAUUGCAAGAAUGGUAGAAUAAGUGAUGCACGCCGGCUGUUUGAUGAAAUGCCUCAGAGAAACUUGGUUUCUUGGAACUCUAUGAUUGCUGGGUAUUCGCAUAAUGAUAAGGUUCUGGAAGCCUCUGAACUCUUUGAUAAAAUGCCUAAAAGAGACCUCUUUUCCUGGGCUUUGAUGAUAACUUGCUAUACACGUAAUGGGGAGCUUGAAAAGGCUAGAAAAUUAUUUGAUUUGCUUCCUGAUAAGCGAGACACAGUUUGUUGGAAUGCUAUGAUUGCUGGUUAUGUGAAGAACAGGAGUUUUGAUGAUGCCAAGAAAUUGUUUGGUGAAAUGCUGGUCAAGGAUUUAGUUUCUUGGAAUUCAAUGCUAGCAGGAUAUACUAAGAAUGCGGAAAUGCAUUUGGGGUUGCAGUUAUUUGAGGAAAUGGAAAAGAGGGAUGUGGUUUCGUGGAAUCUGAUGGUGGAUGGGUUUGUUGAGGUGGGUGAUUUGGAUUCUGCUUGGCAGUUCUUUAAACAGAUUCCAAACCCGAACGUUUUUUCAUGGGUUACGAUGUUAUGUGGGUUUGCACGAAAUGGUAAGAUUGUGGAGGCUAGGAGACUUUUUGAUCAGAUGCCACAUAGAAACGUGGUUUCUUGGAAUGCGAUGAUUGCGGCAUAUGUUCAAAACCGCCACUUUGAUGAAGCGAAUAGGCUAUUUAUGGACAUGCCAGAGAGGGAUUCUAUAUCAUGGACUACAAUGAUCAAUGGGUAUGUUCGUGCUGGUAAGAUUGGUGAAGCAAGGGGUUAUCUAAACCGUAUGCCUUUCAAAAACAUUGCAGCCCAGACAGCAAUGAUGUCUGGAUACGUACAAAAUAAAAGGAUGGAUGAAGCUAGUCAACUAUUCAGUCAGAUUGGCAUCCGUGAUGCUGUUUGUUGGAACACGAUGAUUGCAGGCUAUGCUCAGUGUGGGAGAAUGGACGAUGCUCUUCGUCUUUUUAGACAAAUGGUCAAUAAGGACUUGGUUUCAUGGAAUACGAUGAUUGUUGGUUAUGCUCAAGCUGGGCAGAUGGAUGAAGCCCUUAAAAUAUUUGAGGAGAUGGGUGAAAGGAAUAUAAUUUCAUGGAAUUCUUUGAUUACAGGCUUCUUGCAAAAUGGGCUAUAUUUGGAUGCACUGAAGAGUUUUGUGUUGAUGCAGAAGGAAGGAAAGAAACCUGAUCAGUCAACUUUUGCAUGCGGACUAAGUGCAUGUGCCAAUCUUGCAGCUUUGCAACUUGGGAAGCAACUUCACCAUCUGAUUGUAAAGAGUGGUUAUGUGAACGAUUUAUUUGUUAGCAAUGCUCUGAUCACCAUGUAUGCUAAAAGCGGAAGGGUCUUUGAUGCUGAACUUCUGUUCAAAGAUAUGAAUCAUGCCGAUGUGGUUUCUUGGAAUUCCUUAAUUGGUGGAUUUGCUUUAAAUGGGUAUGGUCAAGAGGCUGUUAACCUCUUUGAAGCGAUGCUCAUUAAUGGAAUGGUUCCUGACCAAGUCACUUUUAUUGGAGUAUUGUCCGCCUGUUGUCACGCUGGCCUGGUUGAUUGUGGUUUAGAGUUGUUCAAAAGCAUGAAUGAAGUAUACAGUGUUGAACCUUUGGUCGAGCACUAUGCUUGCAUGGUGGACUUGCUUUGUCGAGCAGGGAGGUUAGAAGAGGCCUUCAACAUGGUGAGGGGGAUGAAGAUCAGGGCGAAUGCCGGAAUAUGGGGUGCACUCCUAGGAGCUUCCCGGGUACACCAGAAUCUAGAACUUGGUAGACAUGCUGCUGAGAAGCUUUUAGAACUUGAACCUCAUAAAACUUCGAAUUAUGUGCUCUUGUCGCAUAUGCAUGCUGAGGUUGGUAGUUGGGAGGAGGUUGAGAGAGUCAGGGUAUCAAUGAAAAAGAGUAGAGCGGAGAAGCAGCCAGGCUGCAGCUGGAUAGAACUCAGAAAUCAAAUACAUGCUUUUCUUUCUGAUAAUCAAUUGCAGCCUAGAACAGCAGAGGUAUGCAAUACAUUAACGGCUUUAACUGCACAGAUGAAAAAUCCAGGUGACUUAUCUGAGUUCAAAUCUUUACUUGAAAAUGAUUGUACCAUCACCUAACAUUUAUAUCAGAGCAAUUUUAGCAUCUUGUACAUUAGGGAUAUGCCAUUUCUCAUGUACUAAUUCUUUUUCAAUUGUAUAUAUGUACAUGAACUGUUGGGGGCUGUUUAA